UUAUCGCGGACUGAUGAUCCAGCUGCUGUGCGCGCGCGCGUGUGUGUAUGUGUGUGUAAAUGCAUAUAUAUAUGUAGAAGUGUGCGUGUGAGAGUGUGUGUGCGCGCUGACAUGGAAACAUCUGUGGUUCCCAGUUGAAACCGGACACAUUCCGGUGUUUCACCGGGCUGGUGGAGGGGAGGGGGGGAACCGCGCAACGGAGCGACCGAAGAAAACUUCUCCCACCGCCGCAGCACUCAUGUGAUCGGAGCCAUGUCCCGGAGCCUGAAGAGGAAGAAGAACCACUGGACCGGCAAAGUCCACGAGAGCGUCCUGUGCAGGGACGAGCAGGGCCGGCUGGGGCUGGAGCUGCAGGGCGGCGCGGAGCAUGGACUCUUCCCCGUCGUCGGCGAGCUGCCGGCGGGCGGCGCGGCGUGCCACAGCGGCCGGCUGCUCCAGGACGAGCUGCUGCUGGAAGUCAACGACACCCCGGUGGCCGGACUCACCACCCGGGACGUGCACGCCGUGGUGAAACACUGCAAGGACCCGGUGCGACUCAAGUGCGUGAGACAAGGGGGCGUGAUAGACAAGGACCUGCGCCACUACCUCAACCUGCGCUUCCAGAAAGGCUCCGUGGACCACGAGCUGCAGCAGAUCAUCCGGGACAACCUCUACCUCCGCACCGUCCCCUGCACAACCAGGCAGCCCAAGGAAGGAGAGGUCCCGGGGGUGGAUUAUAAUUUCGUGACCAUUGACCGGUUUAUGGAACUGGAGAAAAGCGGAGCCCUGCUAGAGAGCGGAACGUAUGAAGAUAACUUUUACGGGACCCCGAAGCCCCCGGCCGAGCCCAGCGCUGCUCUGCUGCUCAAUGUAACGGACCAGCUGCUGCCGGGCGCCAGACCCAGCUCCGAGGGCAAGAGGAAGCGGAACAAGUCGGUCAGCAACAUGGAGAAGGCCAGCAUCGAGCCCCCCGAGGAGGACGAGGAGGAGAGGCCAGUCGUCAACGGAAAUGGCAUCGCGGUCACCCCAGAGUCCAGCGAGCAUGAGGACAAGAGCACAGACGCCUCAGGGGACAUCGCCCCACAGAACAGCCCAGCGGAGGCCUCCACCGAGCCGCCCAAAGACGACGGCCAGUCGCCAAAGAUCACGCUGCCCAAACUAGAGGAGAACGACGAGCUCGGGCCCCUGCCGGACAACUGGGAGAUGGCGUACACGGAGAAAGGAGAAGUCUACUUCAUAGACCACAACACCAAGACAACAUCGUGGCUGGACCCGAGGCUCGCCAAGAAGGCAAAGCCGCCCGAGGAAUGCAAAGAGGACGAGCUUCCGUACGGCUGGGAGAAAAUCGAUGACCCCAUUUACGGCAGCUACUAUGUCGAUCAUAUAAACAGAAGGACCCAGUUCGAGAACCCAGUCCUGGAGGCCAAGAGGAGAGUCCAGCAGCAGCAGCAGAUGCAAAGCCAGGGUCUGUCCUCACUGCCCCUCCCCUCCAUCUACAGAGAGAAGCCGCUGUUCACGCGGGACCCGACUCAGCUGAAAGGCAGCUUCCUGUCCACACCGCUCCAAAAGAGCAACAUGGGCUUCGGCUUCACGAUCAUCGGAGGAGACGAGCCCGAUGAAUUCCUCCAGGUCAAGAGCGUCAUCCCCGACGGGCCGGCUGCAGCUGACGGGAAAAUGGCCACAGGCGAUGUCAUCGUCUACAUCAACGACGUGUGCGUCCUGGGCACCACCCACGCCGACGUGGUCAAGCUCUUCCAGUCGGUGCCCAUCGGCCAGAGCGUGACGCUGGUGCUGUGUCGUGGUUAUCCUCUGCCCUACGACCCGGAGGAAGCCGCCAACACCAACAACAACACCACCACCACCACCACCACCAUCAUCUCCCCGCUGGGCAUCAUGGAGCAGCGGCCCAUCAUGGUGAACGGCCGGACGGGCUACGACAACUACCUGGAGUAUCUGUCCCGCACGGCCCGCUUCGUCUCGGACCCCGGUCAGGACCAGGUCAACGCCCAGCAGCUGCUCCCGCCUCAUCCGGGCGACACCCACUUGGACGGCUCCCUCCCUCCCACCACCGGCACCACGCCCCCCGACAGCAUCUCCAUGGCCUCGUCGGGCGCCACCCAGGGGGAGCUGCUGACCCUCACCAUGGUGAAGGGGCCGGACGGCUUUGGCUUCACCAUCGCCGACAGCGCCACGGGCCAGCGCGUCAAGCAGGUGCUGGAGCCUCAGGGCUGCCCGGGCCUGUGCGAGGCGGACCUCAUCGUGGAGAUUAACAAGCAGCCGGUUCAGGGCUUCACACACACGCAGGUGGUGGAGCUGCUCAAGGAGUGUGCCGUGGGAACCGAGACCAGCCUGGUGGUGCAGAGAGGGGGAACAGGUCACUAUUCACCCUGGAAGACUCCUAAGCAGGUGCUGGAGCAGUGGGAUUCCCAGCAGGGCCAGGGCAGCCCCGCUCAGACCAGCCUGUCGGCCCCUGUUAUCCCCCACAGCGCCCCCUUCCCGACACACCAUCUUCACAGGGCCUCGGUCCCAGACUCUGCCCCCCUGGCCCUGGCUAAACCCGACCCCUAUGACCUUUAUGAGAAGUCCAGGUCUAUCUUUGAGAGUAGGCAACCCGGCCAACCGAGGACUGUGUUUCCUGUGGACCUGACAGGGGCGGAGUACCAGGACAUCGAGGUCCACCUGCGCAGGCAGAAAUCUGGGUUCGGGUUCCGGGUGCUCGGGGGCGAUGAGGCCGGGCAGCCUAUCUUGAUCGGGGCGAUCAUCGAGAAGAGUCCGGCGGAUCUGGACGGACGCCUGCGGCCCGGGGACGAGCUCCUGUUCGUGGACGGGAUCCCGGUGGUGGGGAAACCUCACCGGUACGUGAUCGACCUGAUGCACGGGGCGGCACGGAACGGUCAGGUCAGCCUGGUCAUCAGGAGGAGAGUGCAGGCGCCAGGUGAGCCCUGUCCGGAGAACGGCCGCAGCCCCGGCUCGGUCUCCACGCAGCACAGCUCCCCGCGCAGCGACUUCACGUACGCCAACAGCACCGGCAUCAACCCGCCGCCCAACACCUGCGUGGGCAACGCGGCCUCCUCGGACGGGACGUCGACCCCCAGCGCUCAACCCAGCGACGUCAUCAUCAACAGGAAGGAGAGCGAGGGCUUCGGCUUCGUCAUCAUCAGCUCGCUGAACCGGCCCGAGGCGCCCGCCGCUAACACUGUGCCCCACAAAAUCGGCCGCAUCAUCGAGGGAAGCCCGGCCGACCGCUGCGGGAAGCUGAAGGUGGGAGACAGGAUCCUGGCGGUGAACAGCCAGUCCAUCGUCAACAUGCCCCACGCCGACAUCGUCAAGCUCAUCAAGGAUGCAGGCCUCAGCGUCACCCUGAGGAUCAUACCGCAGGAAGAGAUCAGCAACCCCCCCUCGGCCCACAGCUCGGAGAAGCAGAGCCCCAUGGCGCAGCAGCACAGCCCUAAGACGCAGCCCGGCAUCGUGGCCUCCGAGCCCAGCCCGGCAGCCACGGAACUCAACCCCUCCGUCGGCCAACCCAACCCGGUGCCCCAUCAGAGCCCUGUGACCCAGCUGCCCGCCCCUCCGCCUCCGACCUACGUCCACGAGAGCAGUUACAGGUCAGAAGUGAAAGCGAGGCAGGACGUCAAACCGGACAUCCGACAGCCGCCGUUCACGGAUUACCGACAGCCGCCGGUGGACUACCGGCACCCCCCUGUGGCCGACUACCGGCAGCCGCCCACGUUGGACUACAGACACCCUCCGCUACUGGACUACAGACAGCUGGCCGCGGACACCAGGCAGUACAUGCCUGAUUACAGAAUGCCACCAGACUUCGACUUCUUCACGGUGGAGCUGGACAAAAGUGUGAAGGGCUUCGGUUUCAGCAUCCGUGGGGGGCGGGAGUACAAGAUGGACCUGUUUGUCCUGCGACUGGCAGAGGACGGACCGGCCAUCCGCAACGCGAGGAUGAGGGUCGGGGAUCAAAUCAUUGAGAUCAAUGGCGAGAGCACCCGGGACAUGACCCACGCCCGAGCCAUCGAGCUGAUCAAGUCCGGAGGUCGGCGUGUCCGUCUCCUCCUGAAGAGGGGGACAGGGCAGGUCCCAGAGUACGGAAUGGUAUCUUCCAGUCUCUCCAUGUGCAUGAAAAGUGACAAGCAUGGCUCCCCCUAUUUCUUCCUAAUGGGCCACUCUAAAGACACGACAAUGCUGCCCCAUGGGAUGCUCGCCCUUCAGCCUCCCCAAGCCUGUCGGAAGUAG